GCCGAGCCCCCCGUCAAGUUGCGGAGAGACGUGCUCCAGGCUGCCUGUGCCCGGAAGUGGCCUUCGAAAGGCCCUCCCCUGAGGAAGUGACCGCAGAAGUGCCCUUGACUGGCGGGGAGGGCCGGGCUGUGCAUCCCUCCGCUCGCGCUGCAGGGAGAUGGCUCAGCGACUUCUCCUGAGGAGGUUCCUGGCCUCCGUCGUCUCCAGGAGGCCCUGUCCCGGUCGGUGGGGACCGCUCACCUCCAGGGCCCUGCCGGCCCCACAGUGUGGUCCUGGUGACCUGACAGGAACACCCAGCCAAGCCCGGUCACUAUACACCACCAGAGUCUGUGCGACGACCUUUAACAUCCAGGAUGGACCUGACUUUCAAGACCGAGUUGUCAACAGUGAGACACCAGUGGUCGUGGAUUUCCAUGCACAGUGGUGUGGUCCCUGCAAGAUCCUGGGGCCAAGGUUAGAGAAGAUGGUGGCCAAGCAGCAUGGAAAGGUGGUGAUGGCCAAAGUGGAUAUUGACGACCACACAGACCUCGCCAUAGAGUAUGAGGUGUCCGCUGUGCCCACUGUGCUGGCCAUGAAGAAUGGGGACGUGGUGGACAAGUUUGUGGGCAUCAAGGAUGAAGACCAGCUGGAGGCCUUCCUGAGGAAGCUGAUUGGCUGAGCAGCAGGGAAGAGUCCUGCCCGCCUAGGCCCCAGUGGUCCCAGGGGGGACCUAAGAAACUCCUAGCCCCUCUGUGCCAGCCCUUGCUGCCUCCUCCCUUCUGCCCGUGGGCCCUUGCUUAGAGACCAGGCCCCCAAACAUGGAGCUUUGAGUGCUCCCAGCCAGGGUGGGCGCGGAGGGAUGGUGCUGCCGCGGACCUGGGCACAGCCACCUUUGCACCCACUCUCUCCGCUCCCUCCAGGGCUAGUGGCGUUCUCCCAGGAUGCUCGGAGACAGCCUGGGCCUGCCUGUGGUGGUCCUGUCUCCCUGGCCCCUUCUGAGUGAACCCCAGCACCUGGCUCCUCUGCCUCCUGCAUUUUUCUUCCCUGCUGCUAUUUUAUAAAAAGAAAAAGAAGGAAAAAAGAAACCCAAACAAGUGAGAGUAAUAUAUAAUUCUCUCGUUUUUUGUAGGUCUGUAAUAAAGAACUUUAUGUGAUCCCUUCUACCUCCUGCUGUGAAGAACAGACCCUGGGCCCCGCACUAAAUUACCCCGUAGCCUCCACCCCGCCAAGAGCCGCCUCCCUUUUCCCAGGCACGUGGCCGCCAGCGCACGUUGGGCUGGGGGAGUCCUUCAGACCCCUGACUCGGGAAUACUCGAGACGCCACCCUCCCUCACCCUUAGCGGGCCCUUCAGUUCUCUGAGCAGGAGGGCUCACUGUGAACACACCGGACCAAUAAAACCAGGCUUUGUGCUGUC